AAACUCUGCCAUUUACUGUAACAUUUAAAUGAAUGUGAAAGAAGAGACGUGUGAUUCUGACCUGAUUAUCAUGGAGGAGAGGACCGUAAAUCUUAAGGAGGACUGUGAUUGGGAGAGUGACCGCCCCAAACAAGAGAGUCUGGACAUUAAGGAAGAGGAUCGUGAACUGGGGUCAGUGAGUAUUAAAAAGGAGGAUGAAGAGGAGUGUGUCAGCACUGAGGUGGCCAGCUAUAGGAGUAUGGAGAGUGUCAAGGAAGAUGAUGUUCAUUAUGGAGAUCAAGAUGGAGCAGUGACCGGGUUAGUCUCUUCUCAUAGCAGACAUUCUUCAUAUCUGGAGUCUUCUAUCAAAGUAAAAUAUGAAUCAUUACAGUCUGACAGAAAGAUGACUGAAAAAAUGUCAUCUCCUAGAACUGAGGAAGGUCAGCCACCACCUAAGACAUCAUCUAAAACAAGAAUCAAACUUCACUGCUGUACUGAAUGUGGCAAACAGUUUUCACAGAGAAGCAGUCUUCAGAGCCACCAAAGAAUCCACACAGGAGAAAAGUCGUAUGCCUGUUCUGAAUGUGGUAAACAGUUUUCCGAUAGAAGCAGUUUUCAGCACCACAAAAUAACUCGCACAGGGAAGAAGCCUUAUUGCUGCUCUGAAUGUGAACAACAAUUCUCUUAUAAUAGUUAUUUUCAGAUACACAUUAAAACUCACUCAGGAGAGAAGUCGUAUUGCUGCUCUGAAUGUGGCAGAAAGUUUUCACAGAGAAGCUAUCUUCACAGCCAUCAAAUAAUUCAUACAGGACAGAAGCCGUAUUGCUGUUCUGAAUGUGAUAAAACGUUUUCACAGAGAAGCCAUCUUCAGAGCCACCAAAGAAUUCACACAGGGGAGAAGCCAUAUUUCUGUUCUGAAUGUGGAAAACAAUUCUCUUACAGUAGUAAUUUUCAGAUACACAUUAAAACUCACUCAGGAGAGAAGUCGUAUUGCUGCUCUGAAUGUGGCAGAAAGUUUUCACAGAGAAGCUAUCUUAAGAUCCACCGAAGAAUUCACUCAGGAGAGAAGCCAUAUGAAUGCUCUGAAUGUGGUAAAAAGUUUUCACAGAAAAGCAAUCUUCAGAGCCAUCAAAGAAUUCACACAGGGGAGAAGCCAUAUUGCUGUUGUGAAUGUGGCAAGAAGUUUUCAAUAAGUGUCCAACUUCAAAGGCACCAAAGACUUCACACAGGAGAGAAGCCAUAUAAAUGUUCUGAAUGUGGUAAACAGUUUUCAGAAAGAGGCCAUCUUCAGAGCCACCAAAGAAUCCACACAGGAGAGAAGCCAUAUGACUGUUCUGAAUGUGGUAAAAAGUUUACACAGAGAAACCAUCUUCAGAUUCACCAAAGAAUCCACACAGGAGAGAAACCGUAUUGCUGCUCUGAAUGUGGAAAACAAUUCUCUUAUAAUAGUAAUUUUCAGAUACACAUUAAAACUCACUCAGGAGAGAAGCCGUAUUGCUGCUCUGAAUGUGGCAAAGAGUUUUCACAGAGAAGCUAUCUUAAGAGCCACCAAAGAACUCACACAGGACAGAAGCCAUAUUGCUGUUCUGAAUGUGGAAAAAGGUUUUCACAGAGAAGCUAUCUUCGGAAGCAUCAAAGAAUUCACACGAGAGAAAAAAAUGACAGAAACUCCCCCACCUUGCCCACAGAUGAACACAGUACAAUGCUAAACAACAGAAGAAAGAAUUCAAAAAGUUUGAUGAAAACAAAAAAAGAUCUAAUUGGGGAAACUACAAGUAAAGUGGUAAAUACCCUGCCCCCCUCCAACAGCCUCAUGUGGAAACAGAACUUACUCAUGCAUGGCUUAUGAGGGGCGAACUAAGAACAAAAGGUGUACGCCUCAUCAUAGUUGCACAAAACAGUUGCUUGGACGCAAAGUGGUUCAGGUCAAAAAUAGAGGAAAAUAAAUAAAAAUAACCCAUAAUUGUCGCUUCUGCCACAAAGAAUUAAAAACAGUCACACAUCUUGUUGGUGGGUAUGAGGUACUGAUUGAUGAAGGAUCAUACACUGCACAACACCACAAAGUGGCCAGGUUCAUUCACGGGAAACUAUGCAAGAAGUACAACUUACCAGCACCAGAAAGACACUGGCACCACAACUCAGACCACAUAAUGGAAAAUAAGAAGGUGCAGUUCACUUGUAGCACAGCAAUACUGACUGACUGAAAAAUAGAGGCCAGAAAACCAGAUGUAAGAAAUCCUGGAUAACAGAAGUAUUAGUUCCUAGUGAUUACUCAGUCCUAGCAAUGGAGAGGUAAGAAAGAAACAAAAUACCAAGAAAUGCAGUCUGAGAUAUGACAGAUGAAAUGUAGACCAAAAAACAAAAACGGAAGGAGUGCCUGUUGUUCUAGGAUGAACAGGACUGAUAAAGAAAAACGUUCAGGCCCAUCUUGACAAAUUACAAUAACUCCUUAUGACCUGCAAAAAGAAGCCUUAUUAGAAACAAUGCAGGUUCUACACUGAGUCCUUGUGGGAAACUUACGAGAGUGAGAAGUUAAGCAGUACAACGAGACUGUCCUGACUAAAGAGUGAAGUUCACUCCUGUUUUGAUGGUAAGCACACCAAGAAAAUUUGGAAGAAUUAAACCUGAGAGAAGCUGAAUUACUGUUCUGAAUGUGGUAAACAAUUCUGUCACAGAAAUAUUCUUCUGAUGCACAUUAAAAUUCAAGAAAGAGAGAUAUGGUGUUCUGAAUGUGACAAAUAGUUUUCAUGGAGAAACAAUCUUUUGGAUACAACAUCUACAUUUAUUUAAAUAGCACACUUUCAUAUAAACAAUGUAGCUCAAACUGCUUUACAAGAUGUAAUAAGAAGGAAGUUAAUUAUAGACAUAAACAAGAUUAUACAAUAAUAUACAGUAUGUAACAAAGAAAAAGGUAAUGUUGAAUG